ACCCUCACGCAGCCUUCGAGGGGGUCAGUCUGACCCCACGAGACAAACUAUGAAACUUUUGAUUCUUUUUACGUUUUUGGCCACAAGGCACCUACGCGUCGCAGGAUCCGCUGCGGCUCGGUCACCGCUCCCUUCUUCUUCGUCACAGGCCCGUCCCGCAUCCUCCCGGGGUCCGGCGCGACCCCGGCCCACGGAACCUUCCCGUCAGGCGUCCUGCCGGGGUCCGGCGCGACCCCAGCUCCCUGUACCUCCCCGUCAGGUGUCCUCCCGGGGUCAGGCGCGACCCCAGCCCCAUGUACCUCCCCGUCCCGCAUCCUCCCGGGGUCAGGCGCGACCCCAGCUCCCUGUACCUCCCCGUCAGGCGUCCUCCCGGGGUCCGGCGCGACCCCGGCCCCAUGUACCUCCCCGUCCCUCAUCCUGCCGUGGUCCGGCGCGACCCCGGCCCCCUGUACCUCCCCGUCAGGCGUUCUCCCGGGGUCAGGCGCGACCCCGGCCCCAUGUACCUCCCCGUCCCGCGUCCUCCCGGGGUCAGGCGCGACCCCAGCUCCCUGUACCUCCCCGUCAGGCGUCCUCCCGGGGUCAGGCGCGACCCCGGCCCCAUGUACCUCCCCGUCCCGCGUCCUCCCGGGGUCAGGCGCGACCCCAGCUCCCUGUACCUCCCCGUCAGGCGUCCUCCCGGGGUCCGGCGCGACCCCGGCCCACGGAACCUCCUCGUCAGGCAUCCUGCCGGGGUCCGGCGCGACCCCAGCCCCAUGUACCUCCCCGUCCCGCGUCCUCCCGGGGUCAGGCGCGACCCCGGCCCCCUGUACCUCCCCGUCCCGCGUCCUCCCGGGGUCAGGCGCGACCCCGGCCCCCUGUACCUCCCGGUUCUCAGAGUAAUGGCUGUCUACAAGAAGACGCUGCAGACCAUCGCAGUCAUUUGAUCAGAGCGGAGGGCAGCCAAAGGCCUCAGUAUCUUGAGGAUUACAACAAAAAAAGGCACAGUGUGACUGUUCCCUAUGAGCCGCCCCAGCCGGGCUCAGAGAUCACCACAAUCCUGUUCAACUUCAUGUGCAACAGCUCCUGCAUGGGAGGCAUGAACCGCGGACCCAUCCUCACCAUCCUGACCCUUGAGACUUCAGACGGACAACUUUUGGGCCGAAGAUGCUUCGAGGUGCGUGUCUGCGCGUGUCCCGGCAGGGAUCGUAAAACAGAGGAGGCAAAUAGUGCCAAACUGCAGACAGGGGCCAAACAAGUGAAGAAAAGAAAAAGUGCCCCAGCAACAGAUCCUGAUAUGUGCAAAAGGAAGUCUGGCUCAAGCACAGACGAGGAGGAAGUAUUUAUGUUGCCAGUUAAAGGCCGUGAGCGCUAUAACAUGUUAAAAAAGAUAAAUGAUGCAUUAGAACUGGCUGAAAAAGAGGCUAAAAACAAAACCAGGGCUUCUAAGGAACUGCUGCCGUCCAGUGGAAAGCGCGUCUUGCAAACAGCAGAACGAAGCGACAGCGACUAGUUGCAAUCUGCCUUCUUUUAACCGCCAUGUACGAGUUAUGUUCAGUGUUGCUUCCUGGCCAACAUCCCUCAGCAGGAGGCUGCACGAUCAUCGAGUUCAGAUGAACUGCGCGACCCCAGCCCCCCUGUACCUCCCCGUCCCUCGUCCUGCCGGGGUCCGGCGUGACCCCAGCCCACGGAACUUCCCCGUCCCUCGUCCUGCCGGGGUCCGGCGCGACCCCUGCCCACGGAACCUCCCCGUCCCUCGUCCUGCCAGGGUCCGGCGCGACCCCAGCCCCCUGUACCUCCCCGUCCCGCGUCCUCCCGGGGUCAGGCGCUACCCCAGCCCAAUGUAACUCCCCGUCAGGCGUCUUGCCGGGGUCCGGCGCGACCCCAUUUUUUUUGUUUUUUAUUUUUCCUUCUCCUUUCCUCCCCUUUACCUCCACCCGUGCCACAGGCCCACUGAUGAUGAACAUGAUGAUGAUGACGACGAACAUGAUGAUGAUGAUGAUGAUGAUGAUAAUGAUGAUGAUGCAAGCAGACAGCUGCGUGCAAGGGCUGACCAUUUUAAACGAAAAAUAAAACAGACCAAACAGGCAAAAACAUUUGAUUAAAUGCCAAAAGUUUAUUUAAUAAUAUAAAACAGUUAUGAAAUAAAGGAGUACAAGGCGCAUUCCGUACAGUAUAAUUUAAUCGGUACGCGUAAAGCAACAGAGGCAGGCGUAGAAAGAAAUUGAAUACGGCCCCUUUUUUUUUUUUUUUUUUUUAAUCUUCAUCAACGGUAUUCUCGGCUCAUCAAAACUUGACGCGAAGCAACUUUCGCAGCAGCGCCAGCAUCAGUAUCCCGCAGCGUUGGUUGUGGCUCUCGCUCCGCCGCGAGCCGCACACGACGCAGGGCAUAUCGUAGCCAAAGCCGACAUGGCCUUCCACGGCCUCCUUCAGCAUCAACUCGGGGAACGCCACGUAGCCCCUUCUGUAACGCUCCUUGCCUAUCAUUGCUUUCCGGACGCUUUCUCUGCCAGAGAACUUUUUCGCCAGGAAGUCGCACUCCUCCACUCCGGCAACGUGCACGUGAUACACAUGCUCUCUCAGCAUGUUGUCACCCGCUACGAAACGGGAAAGCCUGACGCCGCACGCAUCACACACGUGAGUGUCUACGGUGUCCAGCUCAUACGACAUGCCCUCGCGGCUGCCCAGCUCCCUGAACAGGUUGUCCGCAGUGCGAGGGCCGACCACGCUCCUCUCGCUCGGCCUUUUCGUGUACAGCAGAGGCUUGCGCCUGUAGUCGUCGUCCAGCUGGGUGUCGGUCAGAUACGCCGUGAAUCUCUCGCAAACUUCUUUGCAUCUGUCGCGGUGUCGUCUCCCCGCGCCGGCACAGAUGACGCAUCGCUUUACGUUUAGCAGGUAACAUUUGCCACCGCUGGCAAAUAAGAGGGCGUCCGGAAACGCCACCAUGCCGUGGGCGAACCUGAGUUCGCCCAGGUCCAAGGCCAAUUGAUCCGGUGGCAGGUGGCGGUGUCUGUAAUGAGCCUUGACGCGAGCACACCGUCCGUCGCUGGCCAGGAUGUGUUUGUCCAACAAGUCCCUCAAGGCACCCUCAGCGGCGUUUACACACAAACAGUCGCACUCCAGACCUUCGUCUCGGCCUUCUUUCGGGUCUGGGAAUCCGCUAUGAUCCAACGGGCACGGGGUUCCCUCUUCUUCUACGCGAAGGCGCAGACAGUCUGUGGUCCGCUCGAGCCGCGGCUCGAACACCGCGCAGCCGUCGGUUUGCAGGUCACCUUCUUCUUGAGAGGCCAUAGCGUUGGAACCUUUCGACGAGACUGUGGAUAAACGCUCGUUCCAAGCUCGUCAGGUGAAGUGGUACUGCGACGUAUUCUCUCUGCGACUUUUAAGGUUUGCCGCACCCCCCCCCCCCCCCCCCCCCCCGCAAACAGGCACCCAACCCAAAAUCUGAACCGGCGAGGCAUCCUCCAACCGGCUCAUCGUCAUCUCACCGCCAGACAACUCCUCCUUAACCGUCCUCCACUUUGUCCAACGUGGAAAAAGUCCUCCGACCGGGGCAAUUUAUUCCCACCAGGAGGAUCCUCCAACUCGGAAAAAUCCUGGGAAAUCGAGGGAAAACUUGUGUAAACUUCAGCAGCCACGCUCCCCAUACAUGUAAAAUAAAAAAAAAAAAAAUUGAUUUCACCACCCACCCGUCCCGCGUCCUCCCGGGGUCUGACGCGACCCCACGCUCGCACACACACACACACACACACAUUAUUUGAAUAUUAUCAUAUUAUGAGGGAGAAAAUAAAGACCAAAUAAGCAAAACUUUUGAUUAAAUACUAAAUAUUUAUUAAAUAUAAAACAGUAAUCAAAGAAAGGGGUACACAAUGCAUUCAUAUGCACUCAUAUUCAUAUUCAUAUUAAAACCUCAGAGAGACCGAAAUCAUCCCACCACCAGAGAACUCGGGAACCGUUCUCCACUUUAUCCAACGUGAAAAAUCCUCCAACGUGGCAGGUUAUCCCACCGGAGGGAUUCCUUCAACGCGGUGAAGAUUCCUCCAACUUGGAAACUCGGUGUUUGUGUGUGUGUGUGUGUGUGUGUGUGUGUGUGUGUGUGCUUUCACCUGCAAAUUAUUUCACCACCACCCUCACGUCCUCCCUAGGUCCAACACGACCCCAUGAGCCGCACACACACACACACACGCACACACACACACACACACACACACACACACACACACACACACACACACACACACACACACACACACACACACACACUGAUUGAUAUAUUAUAUUAUAUAUAUAUUAUAUUAUAUUAUGAGGGAGAAAAUAAAGACCAAAUAAGCAAAACUUUUGAUUAAAUGCUAAAUAUUUAUUGAAUAUAAAACAGUAAUCAAAGAAAGGGGUACACAAUGCAUUCAUAUGCACUCAUAUUCAUAUUCAUAUUAGAAUUCACAUCACACGUAUUCCAAAUAAUCCAAAGGUGUCCGGACAUCUUAAUCGGCACGCGUAACGACAGAGGCUGGCGGGGCGGGGAGAAGCUCGAUACAGCCGGCGAUGUGAGCCAAGAGUUCAGAGACAGACUUGAACGGGUCUCUCACAGUGCCAUCCACGAGCACGUAUUGGAAACCGCGCGGGGUCGAACAAAACAAAACGCUCCGAGUACACUCGUCGGUAGCGAUGUCAAACAGGUAUCCCGCGUCGUAGCCGUCCAUAUAACAAAAGACUAUCCCCGCGUUCGGCUUCACCUCGGGCAGCUUUUCCGGAUAGGCGUACAGCCCCCACCAGGUGUCGCCCAGUGCCGUUAUCGCGCCGCGCACCUCACUCAGCAACCUCGUGGCAGACAGAUCCUCAAAGCGCACUCCGUCUUCCUGGGGGGGACUCAGAAGCCUGGCGCGGUCCUUGGCGAUAACUUUGCCGAUCAGCCUCACGGGGUCCGACGCCGUCCCGUAAGGGUCGGACCAAAUUGGGGCGGUGGCGUCCAUGACCGUGUCGUCGCGAGCCACCGGCUCGAAGAGGAUCCGGUAGACUCCAUUGUAAACCACCAGAGAGAAAAAUUUCAGACCCCUCACGGUCUUGAUUGCACCCCAAAGAACAACGCCGUCCCCCGACUCUUUCCGGGGACUUGGGAUGCAGUCGGCCAGCAAAACUAUUCCCUCGCACGGUGUAACGCGCGCGCGACACAGAUGCACCAGCCCCUUGCCGGGCGAGGCCCAGAUCUUCCCCGUUAGGACCUCCAUUUCCUCCCAGGUGGCGUUCAGGAGCGCCCAAUUUCCCACGGGUCUGCGUUGCGAGACGUGAGGAUGCGCGUCUCGCCAGACAGCGAACUUGUCAUUGUCUCUGGCUUUUCCAGUGCCUUUAGAGAAGGUCUUUAAGAUCUGAGCGAAGGCGACGAGCUCCGGUCCGUUAAGGAAGUUAGAGGUCUCUGCGUCCAUGUCGGUGAGCUCUGUUCAGUUUAGAGGGACGGGAAGAGUGGCCAUCCUCUUCUGUCUUCUGUGGGGUUUAUAUGACGCCGACCGUGGGAAGGUGGCAGGUCUGACCGGGGGUCCGAUCCCCGACCCUAACCUUGUUUUUGUUUUGUUUUGUUUUUUUUUUUCGUAUUCUCUGGCACCACA